AAUGGGCAAAAUUUGAAAACCUUUUGAUAGUAUAUUCUUCAUUGUUUGCAAACCGACGAACACCAGGGGCUCCGAUAGUUGGGAGACAUCAAAGCCUCACUGUCACCACCCCGAGCCCCCGCCCCCCCCACACGCGCAGCCGCGCAAUUCCUCAGCCAAGCACAAGAAAUAGACGCGCCGCCCCCAUGUGUUGGUUUCGAAGAUUGUAGUGGGAAGCUCGGAAUCUUGGUUGUGAGAAAAGCUUCGGAAUCAAUUGAUUCAACUGGGCUGCAUAAUUGGAAGGGAAAGGGAAUUCUAGGUUGGUUCAUUGAUCAAUUGGAUUCUGAGUCUGUUUGUCAAGUCAGAUGGAGUUGACAAAAAAAGAGGUUGACAAUGAAAAAGUCUUAGUCGACGGCCAUGUUUUUCUAAAAGAAGCUCAGCCUUCUUCUGCCAGUAGAAGUCCCUUGGGCGCUAGUGCUAUGAAGAAGAGUUUUGAAGGGAAAGAUGCUUUAUCAUAUGCCAACAUUCUUCGCUCUAGGAAUAAGUUUGUGGAUGCAUUUGCGGUCUAUGAGAGGGUGUUGGAGAAGGAUGGCGAAAACGUUGAAGCUUAUAUUGGUAAAGGGAUUUGCUUACAGAUGCAGAACUUGGGGAGGCUUGCGUAUGAGAGUUUUGCUGAAGCCGUGAGGCUGGAUCCACAAAAUGCAUGUGCUCUCACACAUUGCGGUAUCUUAUAUAAAGAUGAGGGUCGAUUGGUGGAGGCAGCAGAGAUGUAUCAGAAAGCUCUAAAGGCUGACCCUUUGUACAAGCUAGCAGCAGAGUGCUUGGCAAUUGUUUUAACAGAUCUUGGAACCAGCUUAAAGCUUGCUGGUAAUACUCAGGAGGGAAUUCAGAAGUAUUAUGAAGCUAUCAAAAUUGACCCACACUAUGCUCCUGCUUAUUAUAACCUUGGCGUUGUCUAUUCGGAAAUGAUGCAAUAUGAGACGGCCCUUAACUGCUACGAAAAAGCCGCAAUAGAGAGGCCCAUGUAUGCUGAAGCAUAUUGCAAUAUGGGUGUUAUCUACAAAAAUCGUGGUGAUUUGGAGUCAGCAAUCGCCUGUUAUGAAAGGUGUCUAACUGUUUCUCCAAACUUCGAGAUUGCAAAAAAUAACAUGGCUAUUGCUUUAACUGAUUUAGGCACAAAGGUCAAAUUGGAGGGUGACAUCAACCAGGGUGUUGCAUAUUAUAAGAAAGCUCUCUAUUAUAAUUGGCACUAUGCUGAUGCCAUGUACAAUCUUGGCGUUGCUUAUGGAGAAAUGCUGAUGUUUGACAUGGCAAUUGUAUUUUAUGAACUUGCUUUCCACUUCAAUCCCCAUUGUGCAGAGGCAUGUAACAAUUUAGGGGUGAUAUAUAAGGAUCGAGAUAACCUUGACAAAGCAGUAGAGUGUUACCAGUUGGCUUUGUCAAUCAAACCCAACUUUUCCCAGUCAUUGAACAAUCUUGGAGUUGUUUAUACCGUCCAGGGUAAAAUGGAUGCUGCUGCAAGCAUGAUUGAGAAAGCUAUUGUUGCAAAUCCGACCUAUGCGGAAGCAUAUAAUAAUUUAGGAGUUCUGUACAGAGAUGCUGGGAGCAUAUCUCUAGCAGUUGAAGCAUAUGAGCAGUGCCUCAAAAUUGAUCCGGAUUCUCGCAAUGCAGGACAGAAUCGGUUGCUUGCAAUGAACUACAUAAAUGACGGCAGUGAUGACAAAUUAUAUGAGGUUCACAGGGACUGGGGUAGGCGUUUUAUGAGGUUAUUUCCGCAGUAUACUUCCUGGGAGAACAUUAAGGAUCCAGAAAGGCCACUUGUUAUUGGAUACGUCUCUCCAGAUUAUUUUACUCAUUCAGUGUCAUAUUUCAUCGAAGCACCACUCAUCUAUCAUGACUAUGCAAACUAUAAGGUCGUUGUUUAUUCAGCAGUCGUGAAGGCGGAUGCAAAAACGAGCAGAUUUAGAGACAGGGUCCUGAAGCAUGGCGGAGCAUGGAGGGAUAUUUACGGAAUUGAUGAGAAGAAAGUUGCGAGUAUGGUUAGGGAAGAUAAAAUUGAUAUAUUGGUGGAGCUUACUGGUCAUACUGCAAACAACAAGUUGGGAAUGAUGGCUUGCCGCCCUGCACCUGUUCAGGUGACGUGGAUCGGCUACCCUAAUACAACUGGUUUGCCUACCAUCGAUUAUAGGAUAUCUGAUGCACUGGCUGACCCAGUUGAUACAAUGCAAAAGCAUGUUGAAGAGUUGGUCCGGUUACCUAACUCGUUUCUGUGCUACACUCCUUCUCCCGAAGCAGGACCAGUGGCUCCGACUCCCGCUCUAUCUAAUGGAUUCGUCACUUUUGGUAGCUUCAAUAACCUUGCAAAGAUAACACCGAAAGUGCUGCAAGUUUGGGCGAGGAUUCUGUCUGCUGUUCCAAAUUCCCGGCUAAUUGUGAAGUGUAAACCUUUUUGCUGUGAUAGCGUGAGACAGCAAUUUCUUACUACACUAGAGAAGUUGGGAUUGGAGUCGCUGCGUGUUGAUCUUCUGCCGCUGAUUCUUCUCAACCAUGAUCAUAUGCAAGCAUAUUCGUUAAUGGACAUCAGCUUGGACACUUUUCCGUACGCGGGCACGACUACUACGUGCGAGUCUCUAUACAUGGGAGUCCCGUGUGUCACUAUGGGAGGUUCAGUGCAUGCGCAUAAUGUUGGCGUGAGUCUUCUAAAAACAGUUGGACUGAACAAUCUGGUCGCCACGAACGAAGAUGAAUAUGUCGAUUUGGCUGUGAAGUUAGCCUCUGAUGUAACUGCCUUGUCGAACUUGAGAAUGAGACUACGUAAUCUCAUGUCAAAGUCACCCCUUUGUGACGGAUCUAAAUUCAUCCGAGGCCUCGAGUCAGCAUACAGGAAAAUGUGGAGGCGGUAUUGUAAGGAUGACGUGCCAUCUUUGAAGCAAAUGGAAUUGGCACAAGUGCCACCUCAGCAGCAGCAGGUUGUUCCGGAAGAGAUAGCUGUAAGAAUAACCGAACCCAAAAAGGUUGUUAGUACCUUUGCUGCACCAAUCAAGGCCAACGGAUUUUACCUUGGGCAAUGUUCAUCGGCGAAAACUUCAAAUGCAGAAGAAAAUGGGUCGCUGUUGAAUCAGAGUAGAAAUUCGGGCAAAUUGAGUUAAAAAGUUUUAUUCGAUGAAAACUAAGGUUCAGAAAUCCUUUUGUGUAACACAUGACUGGGUAGCCCCUUGUACCCAUAGUAUUGACUGGGGCUGUUAUAUAUGAAAUGGUAGUAGUUUAGGGUAAGUGCUCGAAAAAUAUGUAUUUUGUCAAGAUAUAAAAAUCUAGCAGCAGGAACACGAAAUGGUAGUGCCUUGUAUUAGGAACACUCUCGAUUCUUCUACCCCUUGGUUACGAGUGGGGAUUUUUGCAAAUAUUAAGGAUGAUUGGUAGCAUUGUGGAAGUUGAUUUUGUUAAGGGCUAGUUGAUGUUACGAAUGUGAUGAUCGUAUGUUUUAUAAUCGAACUGGUGACCAAUUCAAUUUUA